AUGGUUGCGCUGCAGGACCGCCAGCUCCGGCAGGUGUCGGACUCGGCGACGUUCCCGAGCGCGGCGGCUGAUUUGUCUGCGAACGGUGGGGACGAGGGGUUGCGCCGGGUGCUGCCACGGGUAUUGGGGGGACAGAAGAGCGGGGUGUUGAUGGUUGACUGCUCAUGGAGCGUGAGAUUCGCGACGCAGCUUGCUGAACGCGGCUAUAGGUCCCUCUACUGCCGCUGGUGGAUCGUAUGUCGGAGGGCGGACGAUUUAGAGGAGGACGCGGUAGAGGGUUGCUCUACACGAUUCCAGAUUACGAUGAGCAUGCGAUGUCAUGUUGAAUCUGGGCUUGACAGACCUGUUGCGAAGGCUGCCGUGAAGAUUGUCGCGACGAGCCUUGUUGGGAGCCUUGCGGAGCAAGUGGAGGUUGUGGGCCGUAGCUUACUGAUGGCGGCUUCGAACCUUGAGGUACUGACGGGGAUCGGGAAUACAGAUGCGCGGACGGAGGAUGUGAGCCUAUGCGACCAGAUUGAGGUCGGGAGAGAGGUUCAGGAGGCUGAGGACGAGCAGGGUCGCGCUAGUUGA